GAGCCGUUGUUCGAGUUGUCUGAUACGAUGGAGUCGGGCAGAGGAAAAUGUCCCUUCAGCCCCAGAGAGCCGUUUACUGCUCGCCUGACGGACGGUGAGCUCUAUGCAGGAACUUCGGUGGAUUUUAUGGGAGCGAACGCUGCGUUUGUCCGUUCCUCGGUGCAGGGAAACAGUCAGAACUACAUCAGCUCACAGGCCUUCGAUCACAACUGGCUCAACGAGCCGGAGUUCGUGGGCUCCUUCUCGAUCCCCGACACUCACAGCCCGGACGACGAUAAAGUGUACUUGUUCUUCAGAGAGCGAGCGGUGGAGGCGGGUCAGUGGGAGAAGAGGACGUACAGCCGCGUGGCCAGAGUCUGCAAGAAUGACGUUGGAGGAAAGAGGAGUUUGAUCAAUCGAUGGACGACCUUCCUGAAGGCCCGGCUGGUUUGUUCUGUUCCUGGAGAGGGAGGAGUGGACACACACUUUGAUGAACUCGAGGACAUCUUUGUUCUGGAGACGAAGGACCCUCAGAACCCGACAAUCUACGGAGUCUUCAGCACGUCCAGUUCUGUAUUUCGUGGUUCUGCAGUGUGUGUGUUCUCCAUGGCGUCUAUUCGUGCUGCUUUCAACGGACCGUUUGCACACAAAGAAAGUGCAGACUCUCGCUGGGUGGAGUACAAAGGACGCAUCCCAUACCCCAGACCUGGCACUUGUCCCAGCGAGACGUACGACGCCCUCCAUAAAUCCACCAGAGACUUCCCUGAUGAGGUGGUGAGCUUCAUGCGGGCGCACCAGCUGAUGUGGGACCCCGUGCUGCCUCUGGGCCGCAGACCGGUCCUGACCCGAGUCAACAGCACCAGCAUCCUGAAGAGGGUGGUGGUGGACCGCGUGGAGGCCGAGGACGGAGCCUACGAGGUCCUGCACCUGGGCACAGACGAUGGGAAGGUGGUGAAGGCGGUGUCGGUCGCUAAAGACAACCUGGAGACAGAGGAGAUCAUUCUGGAGGAGCUGACCGUCUUCCAGAGCCCGACCCCCAUCCUGAGCAUGGAGCUGUCCACUAAGAGAAGGCAGCUGUAUGUCUCCAGCUCACAGGGCGUGGUGCAGCUGGAGCUCCAGAGGUGUGAUCUGUACGGGGGGGGCUGCGCUGGCUGCUGCCUGGCCAGAGACCCCUACUGCUCCUGGGACGGGACCACCUGCUCCAGAUACUUCCCCUCCAGCAAGAAGCGGGCACGCAGACAGGAUGUGAAGCACGGAGACCCCUGGAGUCAGUGUCCAAUCACAGAAGACGCCUCGGCCUCUGUGGAGCUGCAGGCGGUGUUCGGGGUGGAGGGGAACUCCUCCUUCCUGGACUGUGUUCCCCGGUCGGGGCAGGCGGAGAUCCGGUGGACGGUCCAGCCGAAAGAGAGUCAGACGCUGAGUCAAAACACACAGCUGCUUCCUGACGGCGGCCGCUCCCUCUAUCUGAAUCGAGGGUUGCUGGUUCAGCGCCUGCAGGUCUCUGACUCCGGCCUCUACACCUGCUCCAGCCUGGAGCGCUCCUACAGCCAGGUCCUGGCCCGGUACCAGCUCCACGUGCUGUCCAGCAGCACCCUGCAGCCAGAGAGGGCCAAGACAACAACCCACUUCCAGCAGAACCUCAGCCCCAACCAGCCGGGCAGCGUCCCAAUCGGCAGGGGGUUCCUGGGUCCUCUGAAGAGCUACAAGGAGCUGCAUACCAACAGUCUGAGCAUGGACGAGUACUGCGAGCAGCUCUGGUACCGGGAGAAACGCCGGCAGCAGAAACUGAGAGCGCUGAAGCUGAAGCAGGAGAGCAGGAAGGCCCGGGUGAGGAGGCACAACCCCCCCGAGGGGCCUCUCUAGAGCCCUGAAGGACAGAGACACUGCUCAGGGACAACAGGUCCAGCACACGAAGAGGACAUACAGUCCCCUCCAAAGCUACUGGAACGGCGUCACUGUUCCAGUAGCUUUGGAGGGGACUGUGUCGUUAAAUCCGUUUUGGAAUAAAGAAGGGAUGAUUUCUGUAUUUCUGUAAUUUUUUAUACAACCAGUGAAAUAGCUGAGAUGAAGGCCCUGUUCCAAACCGCCCCCUACACCCUAUCCAACAGAGAGGCUGACGUCACCUGCUGCUCCACCUGACCGACUCAACGCUGUGUGUAUGUUACCUCGUAUUGUUUUUAAGGAUCAUGUACCCGUGUUGAGUCUAGAAAACGGUAAAUGUGACUUUUUGAGGAUUUAUUUUAGUUUUUUUUUUUUGUCCAAGAGAUGCUGAUUUGAAACCGUUGUUACGAUGUCUUCCAGAUGGAGGGAAAUGCCAUAACUUUUCGUAUAACAGCGGUUUCAAAUGAGCAUCUCUUGGACAAAGAAUAACAAAAAGAAAACUCCCAAAAUCUUUAAUGGCGUUUCUUUUAUGUAAACGUCUAUAUGUUUUGAAAUCGGAUGUUUAAAGGCUGCCUGGUUUUUGCACCAGUGUAAAUAUACACAACAUUUACCGUUUUCUAAACUAAACACGAGUGUAUGAUCCUAAGUUUGAAAACAAUACGAGGUAACCAUGAAGUUGUUAACAGUGGCGAUUCUAGAGUAUGUGGGGGCCCUAGGCAAACAUUCAAUGGGGGGCCCCUCGAACCAGCUUUUCAUCACCACGCACAGCCGACAGCACCCCCCCUCCCCCCCGGAGCGGAGCAAGGCAA